AUGACAGGUGCCGAAGUUCGUGGCAUUGAACGAGUGUCUGAGACCGAACGGAAGAAAUCCGGAGGCUGGGAUCAAAUCGUGUUUUGGUUCUCUGUUAAUCUCUCUUUUACGUCUUUUGCGAGCGGCAUGCUUGGAACUGAGUUCUACUCUUUGUCUUUCAAGACGAGUGUGGCUAUUAUCAUGACUAUGUCGCUGGUAGGUGUCGCUACCACAGCUUGGAUUACCACAUUAGGCCCCAAAUACGGCUUGCGGACUAUGGCACUGGCACGUUUUGCAGGAGGCUGGCCUGGUACUUUCGUCUUCAGUGUCUUAAACAUCUUGACUCAACUGGCAUACUCAGUGACAGUGGCAAUUGCUGGAGCCCAAGCCCUUCAUGCCGUCAACGAGGAUGUCUCGUUGAUAGCUGGAAUUAUUCUGAUCUCCGUAGUUGUCAUGGUACUUUCAGUCUAUGGCUUGAAUUUUGUAAAGAUUUGGGAACGCUGGGCGUGGAUUCUAUGCUUUAUCAUUUUCAUGAUCAUCAUUGGUCUGGGUGCUAGAGGAGGGUACGAUGUGAACAAAAACAACGUCACGCACGACACAGGAUCUGACCUGAUUGGGGAUAUUCUAUCAUAUGCAGGUAUAUAUUAUUCGAUAUCUUCCGGCUGGACCACGAUAGGUGCCGAUUACAAUGUUGACCUGCCGGCAAACACUCCCCCAAUGAGAUCCGCCGUAUUGACUUUCAUCGGUAUCUACGUACCCAUCGUAGCCACCGCGAUUAUGAGCUGCGCUCUCCUUAGCAUCACUAAUCCAGAUUAUAUAGCCGCUUUUGAAAAGGAUUCCCUAGGAGGGCUCAUUGGAAAGAUCCUUGAGCCCGCCGGAGGUUUCGGCAAGUUCUUGUUGGUUAUCUUGAUGUUCUCAGCAGUAUCAUGUAACAUCCCCAAUACCUAUUCCGGAGCACUGAGUAUCCAGACGCUGCAUCCAGUGUUCAUGAAGGUUCCUAGAGUGAUUUAUGUUAUUUUGUUCACGGCUGUCUACCUCAUCGCUGCAAUUGCCGGACGUGAACACUUUGGAGAGCUUUUGUCCGACUUUGCUUCACUUCUAUCCUAUUGGACGGCGUUCUUCACGGUAAUCAUGCUGCUUGAGUUCCUCUGGUUUAGGCGCAAGUCUGGACACCUUGGCCCCAUCAAUCCCGACAAUUUCAAUGACUUCAGCAAGCUUCCACCAGGCUAUGCCUGCUGUGGAGCCAUCCUGGUGGCAAUUGGUGGAUGUGUUCCCGCGAUGGCUGAGACAUGGUACACAGGGCCAAUUGCGCUUAUGGUUGCGACACCAUAUGGCGGCGACCUCGGCUUUGAGUUCAGCGCUGUCUUCACGUUCGUGUCAUACCUUGUUUUCAGAAAUCUUGAAAUCAGAUAUUUUGGCCGAUAG